UUGUUCAUACAACUACUGCUUUCCGGACGGACUGUUUGAAUAUAUUUUACUAUAUUGCCUUGACAUCCUCUCGGCUUUCGACUUACAAUAAUUCCUGGACCGCGUUGCAAUGGCGCGGUCAACCUGGCCUUGCAUGAUGCUGUUGAUAACUCUCAUCGCAGCGACAAUCUUGCCCGUCAGUUCCUUGGCGACAAUCUUUGACCGGAGGUCAGACACCUGUCCGUCGGGAUACGAUCAGUGUGAGGCGUCGGGAUUGCCCUCGGACUUUUGCUGUUCGUCUUCAACAACAUGUAUCAGUCUUGACGAUGCUACCUCGGCCAUUUGCUGUCCCUCCGGGGAUAGCUGCCGAUAUAUUGAGCCCAUCACCUGCAAUAUUACCCUGCAGAAUGCUACGGCAUACCCGGAAAAUCCUGUGAAAACCACCAAACUCAACGAUACGCUCCCUACAUGCGGCAGCGCGUGCUGUCCAUUUGGAUACACGUGCCAGAACAACAGCACAUGCGCCAUGGACACGUCCACUGCGACCACCGCCACGGCGGCAACAUCAUCCUCAACAGCAACAGCUACAGAGACAUCGACAGGGACAGCGACAGGGGGAUCAACAGAGACAGCGACUGCGUCUUCAGAUAGUUUGGCUUCCAUGACCAUCGCGAUAGCCUCUUCUACUUCUUCCUCCAACUCGAGCGCAGACACGCUUUCCGUACAGGAAAAGGACACAAAAUGUGCCCAGUUCCCCAGUAAGGCGGUCGUCGCAGGCUUCUUCCCAGGCGCCCUAGCAGGAGCCUUGUCCACGCUCCUGGCUCUCUUCUGUCUCAACAGACGGCGGGCCGCGCAACAACCCGAGAUCAAAGUUCCGCACCAUGCACAGCGGUCUUCAAGCGGUGCCGUCCUGGGUAUCUCGAGCCCCAUCCCCUCCGACGAUGCUUCGUACCGUACCGAUUUCCUCCUGAGACGGACAAGCGACAGCACCACACGUUCCAUGCUCCAGCGCACCAGCACGCGCGUCAAGAGUCUCUUCGGCGGCUCCCCGAAAACCCCGCCGGAUAUGGAGAAACUGCCCCCUGUCCCGGUGCGACAGCCUAGCACACACAGCAUCAAGGUCUACUCCCCCGCGGGCGUGUUCACAAACACAGAUUUCCUCAAACCAUCCGCAUAUCCAGAGCCACGGCCUAAUACAAGCUUCACGGAACUAAUGGAGCGGGUGGGGUGUCAGGAUAGACUCGGGGCGAGCAAAUCGGUGCGCAGGACAGAGUCGACUCGAUGGAAUGAAUCGAUGCGGAGGAAUGAAUCGAUGCGGAGGAACGAAUCUACGAGGAGGAAUGAAUCCAUGCGAAGGAAUGAAUCUAUGCGAAGGAAUGAGCCGAUACAAGAGACCGAACCAGAACCACAACAGGGAUGACUCCUUUGAUUUGCAUUAUCCUGUGAUUUUUGAAGUUUUAAUAUCCAGCGCAAAUAAUCCAUAGAUGUAGAGCUACUUAUUACAAUCAAGCCGAUUUUUUCUUUUCAAACAAGGGAAAAAAAGGAAAAGAAAACAAAGAAAACAAAA